CCCUAAGAGCCGACCCAACCCAAGCAGAGCCGGAACAGCAUGCGUCGUUUUGCACAGCAGUUUGUGUUCCAUCCAAGCUUCUACUGCACUUCUUCGCGCCAUUCCUCCAAUAGUAAACUAUUCGUCGGAGGUCUGUCGUGGUACGUGGACGAAAGGUCACUGAAAGAGGCCUUUUCUUCAUUUGGGGAGGUAACCGAAGUGAGGAUCAUGUAUGACAAAAACACAGGCAGGUCUAGAGGAUUUGGAUUCGUCUACUUCUCCGGUGAGAGUCAGGCAAUAAGUGCCAAAGAUGCCAUGGAUGGAAAGCCAUUUUUAGGCCGACCUCUGAGAAUAAGCUUUGCGCUGGACAAAGUUCGUGGCGUGCCACUUGUAGUUCCCCGUGUUUCUUCUGGAGAUUCCAGCAGCUAAAAAGAUUUCCUUUAACAUUUAUUUUCAGAUCAAAUUACAGAAAAGAGUGUAAUUUAAUUAUUAAAUUAAUAAAAAAAAUGAUUAUAUAUUUGAUGAAAUAUGUAAC